GGAAAAAGAGGUGGAGAUUAGUGAGGUGCAGCUGAAAAGGAUGGUUUAAACUGGCAACUGCUCCAGAGCAAUCAGAUCUGGUCCUGGAAUUUGCCUUUCUUAACUUCAUUGUUGUUUGACACUGGAGCUUUUGCAUCGCAAUGGGGAAUGAAAACAGCAGCGCAGAAAAUCAGUCAGAGGUUGCUGGCACAAAUAAUGUCAUCCUAAUGCCACCAAAUCAAGGAACACAACAGAGCAUUUCUUCUACUUCGACUCCAGAAUCAGGCCAACCUCCUGGUAAUGGUCAGGACAUAAAAAAGAAACAUCGGAAAAAGAAGAGUGCAGAAAAAUCUGGUGGUCAAGACGCCUUCAAUUUCUUACCUGAUGCUGCUGCACCGCUGGCUGCUGAUGUCUCCCCAUUGAUUACAGGGUGUUCAAGCCCAGGCAGAGAGAGCUGGUCAGUAGUGUCUGAUUUGAAGGAAGAUGAUCCCCAGCAAGGAGUUAGGUGCCAUAAUCUUCUUUUUGCUGGUCUGGAUAUUAAGGAAGAUGCAAGUUCACAGACCCCAGCUGUAAGCAGCAUCGGUAAUGAAGGCAUCUGUAGCUACACUGCUGAAGAUUUACUCAAUCCGCAUUCAUGUGCAGUGUCUUCAGCGGUGACAGGCCAGAGCAAUAUCCUGAAAGAACAUGGAGAACAAGUUGGCUCCAGCUUCUUAAUCCAGGCUGCAGGAGCAGAUGCUAAGGAGAGAAGCCUGCCUAUCUCAAUGCCUUUUGCAGAAUGUGCCAAUGAAUAUGUUGCAGCUGAUCUGACAGGCAGCAGUGAUGAUUUACCAGUCCCAAAUAGCAGUGCAAUAGUGUUUUCCCCUGUGAAUGACAAAGACCUAGGAGUGGCACAUGCCCUAUUUGUGGACAGUGGCCCAAAAUGUGACAAUACCGCUGCCUAUCCUCUCAAAAAGAGUGAUGAUGAUCCAAAAAUUGCAAGCUUGGAAUCCAGCCCUUCUACAGAAGCUACUUGGACACAAGGCAUUAUCCCAGCAAAUUCAAGUGAAUUGCAACCAUUAUGGCAGAGUGAGCAGCUGGGUGACAAGCGGGAGCCACAUGUCAUCUCAUUACCCCAGGGUAAAGCCGCAGAAGAUUAUUUUACCACUCAAGAGGAGCCGGGAUUUUUGGAAGUAGGUCAUCAGGAGCAGAAUGUAAUACAGCUAGGUGGACAGAACACAGAUGGUAGAGAGGGUUUGUUAAUGAAAGAGGAAACCUUAAUCCUAAAUCAUCCAACAACAGAAGGCCCAGACAGUGAAAAAUAUGGAACAGUUGUGAAUGCUCAGAAUUUGGUUGAUAAUACUGCGCUUGGAAAUAUCAUCAGCUUAGCUAGCGGAGAUAUAAUGGCAGGUAAAGGGGUUGAAUCAAACCAACCUCCUUCUGAAAACAAUGGGAAGCAAUUGGAAGCAUGCACUUUAAUGCCAGGCUUGGCUCUUAACCUUCCAGAGCUGUUCCUGGUACCAAAGGUAGAAGACCCUUUAAGGGAAUACAUGCUCGUAAAUGAGUGCCAAGAGUCUUCCAGGCACAAUGGACAAAAAACAACUUCCAAAACACCCGAACCCACGUUUGAAGGAGAUGCUCCCAAGGUAGAUUUGUUUGUUCACUCUGAGCCUUUCAACAUGCCUCCAUUGCCUCUUGUGGAUGAAGAGCAAAAACUAAAUGUUGCAUCUGGUAGCAGAGAAGAUCAAGGCAACAGCAACAGAAUCAUAAAACCUGAGAGUGUGUCUGGAGAAAGCAUCACACUUUCUAACACAGAAAAUGUUAUGAAUCCCACCCUGGUGGAUGAAAGACUGUCACCGGAAAAUGAUUCAUUAAGUUUUACUUCUGGGAAUAUAACCCCAGAACAGCAUCUAAAAGAAACGGACGCCACAGUACCCGGAGAAAAAAAUGAAGUCUUUAUGGAGGAAGACCGAGUGGAGGAAGCGCAGGUGGCAGAAGCCAGGGGAUUACCUGAGGGGUUUAAUGAGGCAGAAGGGCUGUUGUUAAACUUUUUUAAUAGUGACAAGGAGGACAUGAAGGAUGCCAGCUUGGGUGAGGUUUCCAGAGAAAUCAACUUUUCAGAACAGAGUUUAAAAAGCAAUGUUGGUGAAAAAGCUGAGCAAAAGCCUAUGAAUUCAGAGAGCAGCUUGGAGGUAUCUGAAGAUAACAUACUCCAUUUCCACUGCAAACUUCAACAAGUGAGCAAAGAUAAAGCAAUUGCCCUGCAUAACUUGGAGGAUAAGUGCAGCUUUCCCCUUUUGGAAGCACCACAGUUACCCAGGGAAGAGAGCCUGCCGAGUUGUGAUCAUUUUAACAGUAAGAAAGAAGACAAUAGUUUAGACGUGCCAGGCAUUAAGAAGACUGAAAAGGUUUGCUUAGUUAAUGCACACAGUUCACUGCUCCUGCACCCUGAGAACAAUAACAUUAUGCAGACUAAGCAGGACGAAUCCUGGGAACAGGCUUGUGCUAAAGAAACUACACUGAAGUCAGCGUACGAGGCUGAGCAUCACAAACUAUUUCAGAGCAAUGGAGGGCCUGAAGAAAAUGUAGAAACACCCAAAACAGAACCUGAAUUUGAGGGCUUAUGUGAAUUGGCAGGAACUGCAAACUGCGUCGCUGUAAAAAUUAGACAGGCCUUUUAUGUAGGUGAAAACGAAGAACAGAACAAUCAAGUAACUAAAGUCCCCGAGAGUGAUCCUGAGCAGAUACAUGUAAAUGUUAUUGAACAAAGCAGUACUGUAGAGAUUAAAGACAAUAAUGGAAUUGCACAGGAGCAAUGCGGAGUGGAUGUGAAAAGUUUUGUGGAUGACCAAGUUUUGGCAUUGACAGGUGCGUGCAAAUCCGAUACACUAAUGCAAGUUUGGCAGGAAAAAGGGGCCGCAGAAAGGAACAAAAGUGUGCCACUAUUUGAGCCUGAAACCCCCAAAGCAGCAGCAAACACCGUGGAGCUCAGUUCUCAGCAAACACAAGGGAAUAUAGAAGAACUGCGUGACAGCAAAAUCAGUGGCAAAAUAGGACCCUCUGAGUGUGACAAAAGUGGUUGCCCAGAGCCAUUAGAAAGUGACACUGUAGAAAUGCAAGAAAUGACAGAAGUUUCAGUAACCCUACUACGUGCAGAGCAAAGAGAGAGUACGGACUUUGCUGCCAACAGUAUUCAGCAGCAUGCUUCCUAUGUGGGACUUGAAAAGAAGGAGCACCAAAGCAAUCUGACAACUGUGAUAGCUGAGGAUGGAGACGAGUGUAGGGCAAUAGCUCCAAAACAUGAGCAUGUAUUGGAGAAAAGUUGUCAGAGUGACCUCCAGGGCAUAUCAGAGACAUCACUAGAUAUUACAGGCAGCAUUCAAACAGAACCUCCUGUGUUAGGGGCAGAACCGUUCAGCUGUAAUGCUGAUGCUACAAAAGGAAAUGACUUGGAUAUGAGUAUGGCUGGAGUGCAGAGGAAUAUAGGCCAGAGUGAGCAUCUGCAGAAAAAUUUAGAUCUAAAGGUGACUACUUUGCAAGAAUACAAUGAUCAAACUAAAACAGAUCCAAAGGCAGAAGAAACUUGCGUCAGUGGGCAAGCCUUAGGCAAGCCCAAGCAGGAGAAUGACUCUUUGAUCUCAGUUAGUAACCAGGAAGAAGCAUGUCAGAACGAUCCAUUUUCCCGAGCAGCCGACAUAAAUGUACAAGUAGUCAGGACAGCAGACAGAAGUGGUGAAAGUGGGGUUGACGCUCUAGACUCUGUUGCAAAGGCCCAGAAUUCAGUAAAUGCCACUGAUAUACCACAGACAGUGCCAACUGAUUUUAAAGUAUCACAUGCUGGUAAUGGUCCUGAGCAAAAUAAAAACGAUACUCAAAUACCCAGUACAGAAACUCAAGAAAAAAUACAAGUAGAAGCAAAAAGCUCAGAACUGGAAACGGCAAAGGAGCUGACUUCUGAUAGAGAGAUCAUGCAAAAAGAUGACGGCGCAGAAACAAAUUUUGAACGGGAUGUUGCUGUCACAGAAAUAAGCCAUCCGAAUGCUGAUACAGUUUCAGGGGCACAGGAAUAUCCUACAUUACAGGAGCACUUGGAAGUAGCUGCCAACAAUGCUUUGUGUAAAUUAGACUGCGUUAAAAAAACACCGAAUGAGCCUCAGCCAGUUAGCUGCCUAACAGAAAUCCCCUUUCUUUCCACAUCAGUCUUUGCACUUGAUCAUCAGAGCACAGCAAGCCAGGAGCCUUUAAACAUUAAGGAUGAUAGUACUGCAGGCGAAUUGCUAAAUAAUGGACUGGAAGUUACAACACACCAAAGUGUCUUGGAAGCCGAUUCUGAUUUGCAAGAGGCUAGCAAGGAUAUUCUACCUGGACACUUUGAGGGCUCGUUAUCGCAUACAAGCCAAGCUGCUCAAAACAGCAUUGAAGUGGUACAUUUAGAAACCACUUUGGUGGAGAAUACUUGUGUGAAAGAAACAACUAUUCAUACCCUAAGCUGCCAGCCUGAAGGGGAGAGCAUUUUAACAUCACCUGAGCCUGCUGAUGCAGGACAGUUUUCAGGAAAUUUAUCAGAGUUUAAUUUUGAGAAGCUGAAGAAAGAGAUCUCUGCAAUUAAAUCUAAAGGAACAAAAAGUGAUGUAAACUUCAAAGCACUGCAGAGUGACAGCUCCGCAGAGUCUCUGUUCAGUCUGCCUACCCUAGGAAGGAGGGCUCCAAGUCUUUCAUCUGUUGGUAAACAAGAAGGAUGUAAUGAGGAAAUUGCAGCAAAUAUCUGCACAGAUGACAAGUGCACUAAGAUCUUAGAAACACCUGGGAGUUCAGAAAAAAAGGAAAAUGUUCUGAAAGAGGCGAACGGGGGAACCAAGCCAGACACAGAUAUUUCCACACAGUCUGCCGAGAACUCUGAAAGGGAGCAUGAGGUUCUCAUUUCCAAGACCUUUGGUCUUGGUGCCAGCUUGCCAGACUUCAGGGAGCACAUCAGCAAAAUAUUUAAGAAAACGGUACACGGUGCUCUGAAUCCCGAAUUGCCCCAGCUUGGAUCUGAAAACCAUGCAGGCAGCAGGCAGAGUUUUGGGCUUAAAGAUGCACCAGGACGCCAAGGUGCUGAGAGCUUUUCACAGCCCACCGAUGAAACGGUUGAUGGAAACAUCCAUAAUACAGGACAAGACAGUGACUUCAAAAUAGAAGGGCAAGACUUGCCUGUAGAUUCAGAGAUCUCCAGCAAGGUUCCUGAGCAGAAAUCUGCUCAGCAAGAAGAUAUGUUGUUGCACACAAAGGUCCAGGACACUGAGGAACAGAAGCAGCCCCGUUCCCUUUCAGAAAAGAAAGAUUCCCAAUUGGAUGGCUUUCAAGCUGUCGAGCAGUCUCCGAUUGAAUUGCUCGAGCUAGAUGACAGCCCAAACAGUGAAAAGAUGGAAAGAGAAGAAAGCUCACAUACUAGCAGUGUUGAUGAUGGAGCUCAGGUGAGCUUAGAGGUACAAAUGCUGGAAUCGGCCUCAUAUGAUGAAGCAACACCUGUGAACGUUGCCGUGUCUCAUGACAAUAACCAGCAGCCCGCUAAAACGGGUACCUCUUCAGAACGUACAGGCGCUGCUCAGAAGAGGGAUUUGCAAAGUGUUGCAGUACCAGAGGCAGAGAAUUGUAAUUUAAUGGGGCAAGCUAAUGCAGAACCAGUCUUAGUUAAAGAAGAUCUAAUACUCUCUGGAAAUCAAUGCCAGAAACUUAUGCCAAAUGAGCAGAAGAAAAGUAAGGAAAGUGAACCACCACACACCGCUCAGGGCAUUUGUGACAUGUCAGCAUCAACAGAAGCAUCUGGAGACUUCUGCAAGUGUGAAGUAGAAAAGAACGAUUUUCCUAUGUCACCCAGUGUAAAUCAGGAAAUACCGAUCCCCAGCAAUCUUAUGCAUGACGUUAAGUCUGAAGACGACACACAAAUAAUGCUGGACGCUUUGGAAAAUAAAAAAUGCCUGGAAAUAUCAGACAACAUUCAAGAUCCACAGCAGAAAAAAGAACCAACAGUCCAUGGGUUAAUAGAUUACUUAAUAAAUGAAGUAAGCCAUGUUGAUCAUUCCCGAGAUGACUCUAAAAAAGCACUUGGCAGCAUGAAUAAGAGAGAUGUAAAAGAACAAAGUGACGCCACGUUAAGCGCGGUAGAGAUAGAAGCUUCUAUGUACAGUGAUAAGCAACAAGAAGACAUCCUGAAAGCAGGUACUGCAGGGGCAUUAUUCACUGGCGAAGACAACACAGAUUUUCAAGCCAGCAUUCAAGAUCAAGGGACAUGUAGAAAAACACAUCUCUGGGAGACUAUUACAGGGAUGGAGCAAGAGGAGCAUUUUGCCAGUACGAAUUUUGAUGUUGAAAAUCAGCAGAGUGAAAUGCAUUUGGAUCAUGAAAGCUCAUCUCAGACUGCUGAAGCCAGGAUAUCAGCUGAAAGCAACUUUCCUGAGCCCUGUCACUCACCCCUUCCUGUACCUGAGAAGGAUGCCAUAGCUGUAACAGCCAAGGCCAUCUCAGAGGAAGCAAGAAAUGACAUCAGAGUAGAAAGUUCUCCUGUGCCAGGUGAUGACAUACAAUUGGCUUCUUCCUCUCAUUUCUCCGAACAACCUUUAGCUGUUUCUCCGUCUUGUGAACAUGCUGCUACUCUGGCUGCCACUGAGCUGACUGCAGCAAGCACUUUGGAGCCAGAUAGCUGCAAAGAAGCUGAAAGUGGAAUUGCACCUGUUCCUGAGGAUGUAUCUUUGGCACCUGCUCCCGUUACUGUUGUAGAACCACCUGCUCAAGACAGCGAGAGAUUGACAAGGGAAAUAAAGAGGAGCUCCGACUCUGAAGAAGCAUUUGAGACACCAGAAUCCACAACUCCAGUAAAGGCUCCACCUGCCCCCCCGCAGCCACCACCGGAAGCAGCCCCAGCAGCUGACACCGCAGAACAGGAAAUCAGGCAACCGUUGCCUUCAGAAGACGCAGGAUUCUGUUCUGAUACUGUGUCCAUAACUGAUGUAUCCCAUAGUGAAUCAAUUGAAGAAAGCCCUUUUCGUCCUCCCUCCCAUUCGUUUUCUGCUGUCUUUGAUGAGGAUAAACCCAUAGCUAGCAGUGGGACAUACAAUUUAGACUUUGACAACAUUGAGUUGGUAGAUUCUUUCCAUACCUUAGGACCAAGCUCUUCAGACACAAAGAAUCGUGACCCCAAAGCGAAUGUUCGAAGAAAAUCAACAGAUUCUGUUCCAGUUGCCCGAUCUACGUUAUCUCGAUCUCUUAGUUUGCAAGCUAGUGAUUUUGAUGGAGCAUCUUAUCUUGGCAAUAAUGAGACAGUAACUCCAGCAGCCGAUGUGUAUAAUACAGGUUCAAGUAGUGCGUGUAGUACCCUUAAGCGAACAAAAAAACCCAGACCCGCUUCCUUAAAGAAGAAGCAGCCAGCAAAAAAACCUGCAGAUGCCCCACCUGUGAAAGAAGUCCAACAAGAGCCAUCAGACACUAGUAUAGCAGUCUCUCCCCCAUGUGAGGAAAAGCCAGUAUCUGAGGCAAAGGUUGAUUCAGUUAAACCUGAAUGUCCUGAGCCUUCCCAAAUCUCUGCUGAAAAGCAGGAGAUCCCUGCUGUGCCUGAAGCCUCCUAUCCUUUUGAUCCAGAUAAUUUUGAAGCGAUUAGUGCAUUUAGUACUGGCAGCAAAGUGCAAAACUCUCCCUCUGCCAGUAAGAAAACUCUACCUCUUACAACGGCACCAGAGGCUGUGGAGGUGACUCCCUCUGACACUGGAGGGCAAGAGGAUCCUCCAGUCAAAGGCCUUGCUGUGAGGCUGGAGUUCGAUUAUUCUGAGGAAAAGGGCAGCAGUGAAGACCAGCCAGAAAGCACUCCUCUACCCAAAAAAGUAGGCAAAAAGCCUGGUGCCAAAAUGCCACUAAGGAGGCCAAAGACUAAAAAGACAGUGGAAAAGCUUGACAAUGCUCCUACCACACCAACCAAGUCACCCACUGAUCCAAACGAUAUCCCUAUCACAAAAGGCUCUUAUACUUUUGAUAUCGACAAGUGGGAUGAUCCCAAUUUUAACCCAUUCUCUUCCAGUACAAAAAUGCAAGAAUCUCCUAAAUUGCCUCAACAAACAUACAGUUUUGAUCCAGAUAUGUGUGAGGACUCUGUUGACCCUUUCAAGUCGUCUUGUAAGAUAGCCAGCUCACCUUCUAAGUCUCCAGCCUCCUUUGAGAUACCAGCCAAUGCCAGUGAAACAAAUGGAACUGAAGGAGACAACUUAAAUAAACCUGCAAAGAAGAAGAAGACACCACUAAAGACUGAUACAUUUAGGGUGAAAAAGUCACCAAAAAGAUCUCCACUUUCUGACCCUCCCUCACAGGACUCUACUCCAUUGCCUACUCCAGAAACACCCCCAGUUAUAUCUACUGUGGUUCAUGCGACAGAUGAGGAAAAACUGGCAUCUUCAGUGACCAGUCAGAAAUGGACGUGCAUGACUGUGGAUCUGAAUUCGGAUAAACAGGAUUACCCAGAGCCAUCUGACCUAUCUACAUUUGUAAAUGAGACCAAGUUCAACUCUCCUACAGAGGAGCUGGAUUAUGGCAACUCAUAUGAAAUAGAAUAUAUGGAGAAAAUAGGCUCCUCUGUGCCUGAUGAUAGUACCCAGAAGAAACAGUCUUUGUAUCUUAUGUUUGACGCUCAGCAGGAGAGUCCAGUUAAAUCCCCUCCAGUCAGACUUUCUGAUUCGACAACUCCAUGUUCAGGGUCAAGUUUCGAGGAGACUGAAGCCCAGCUUUCCUCUGGAAUGAAAAUACAGCAUCCAGCUUCUCGUGCCCUGACUGCUAGCCAAGAGACGCACUUACAGGCACCUGACAAAUCUAAACAGAAAGACUUGGAGCCGAUGACCCUAGGAACAGCUUCAGAGACCAUUGAAAUAACUUCUCCUGAGGACUCCUUUGUCUCUGCUGAUGCUCUUCUCAAUAGGAUAUCCCAGCAAACUUCAUUAAACAAUCAGCCUGAAUAUCUAGACCCUGAUUUAGCAGAAAAGAAUCCCCCAGUAUUUGCUCAGAAACUUCAGGAGGAGUUAGAGUUUGCUGCAAUGAGGAUAGAAGCACUGAAGCUAGCCAGGCAGAUUACCUUGUCUUCUUUCUCCUCCUCAGAUACCGAGAGAGAUCCUGGUAUCCCAGCAGACAUUCCCAUCUCUAAAAGUGCACUGUACUCCCGGAUUGGCACCUCAGAUGCAGAAAACACCGCAAAUCUGCACUACCCACAACAAGAUAUAGAUUCUGCACUACGACUUGCCAGAGAGGAGAUUGUGGCCAAAGAAAGAGAAGUGUCUGAGUGGAAAGAGAAAUAUGAAGAAAGCAGAAGGGAAGUGAUGGAAAUGAGGAAAAUAGUUUCAGAAUAUGAGAAGACGAUUGCUCAGAUGAUAGAGGAUGAACAGAGAGAGAAAUCUGUCUCCCAUCAUACUGUCCAGCAGCUAAUAGUGGAGAAGGAACAAGCUUUGGCAGACCUGAACUCUGUGGAGAAAUCACUUGCAGACCUUUUUAGGAGAUAUGAAAAAAUGAAAGAAGUUCUGGAAGGAUUUCGGAAAAAUGAAGAAGUGUUGAAGAAAUGUGCACAGGAGUAUUUAUCAAGAGUAAAGAAAGAGGAGCAGAGGUACCAAGCACUCAAAAUCCAUGCUGAGGAAAAACUGGACAGAGCCAAUGCUGAAAUCGCACAAGUCAGGGGCAAGGCUCAGCAAGAACAAGCAGCAUAUCAAGCUAGCCUCCGCAAAGAACAGCUGAAAGUGGAUGCAUUGGAAAGAACACUGGAACAAAAGAAUAAAGAGAUAGAAGAAUUAACAAAGAUUUGUGAUGAACUGAUUGCCAAAAUGGGGAAAAGCUAACUUUUAACCAAAUUUCUGGACUUCAAUUUUGAGUGCAAUAUGACCAUUGGCACACUGAUGUCCAUACAUUUAUGUGGACAGGUUAUAUUUUCACUUUUUCGUAUGCACUACUGUAUUUUCUUUCUAAAUAAAGUUGAUUUAAUUGUAUGCAGUACUAAGAUGACUAUCAAAAUUUCUUGCUAUUGUUUGCAUUUUCAUAGUAUAAUUCAUAGCAAGUUGAUCUCAAAGUUCCUGUAUCAGGGAGAUUGUCAAGUUCUCUAAUAAAUGACAAAUUGCUGAACCUAGCCUUCCCUUUGUACAUGAGUUCCCAUGUUGGAUGUCUUUUGGAUUUAAUAUAAACAUGUAUUACUUGCAUGGGGACUCUUGCCUUAAGGAGUGUAAACUUGAUCUGCAUUUGCUGAUUUGUAAAAUAAAAUGAAAAAAUAAAAAAAAUGAAAACUGCA